AUGAGACUCUCCCGCUCUUCGUCUCUUUGUAGCGUUUUGUUCUCCGUGCUCCUUCUUAUGAUAUUGAUGAUAACAAUUGUCAACACUCACAAUUUACUAGUUGAGAGUAAGAGUUUGAAAAUGAUAACCGAGCACACAAUAACGGAGGAUAUUGCCUCUAAUCCCUACUCAAAGGAUCAAUUAAAUUAUAAUCAAUUGAAACCUCUCCGAGAACAUUUGAAACGAGUGGGAAUGAUGAAAAGGUCUCCUCAUAAAAGACAGGAAGGAACUGAGGAAAUGGUAGAGACUCAGGGUGAUGCUGCAAGUGAAUUUAUUCCGUAUGAAAUGUUUCCUGUUGCAAGAAGAGAGCUUGUUGGAAAGGAUAAAAAAGCAGAUAUUGAAUAUAAAUUCUUGGGAUUGGACUUUGGAGGUCAAUAUGUGAAUGGUCACAUGUUGAUUUUAAAGAAUCCGAUGAAACAUUUUUCAAUUGUUGAACCAGGUCCACCAAAUUCUCCCCAACCAAAAACAUCAAAACAAGCAAACACUUCACCAAUUUCAAAAGUCUGGGAGGCUUAUGAAGGAAAAAGAGAUUUAAGAGGAGGAUGUUACUAUAAUGUCACAGCACCUGUGAGAGAUAUUGCCAAGUAUCAUGCUAAUGGUUAUUUUUGCCAUUAUACUACAAAUGCAGGAUUUUUCAAUACUCACAAACAUACAUGUUUGGGAAAUGUAGUAUCUGAUGGUAGAAUUUCACAUGUCAGCACUAAUCACAAUGUAAAUUUUGGAAUUACAAAGGAUGGAAAAUACUUUAUUGGAUAUACUGAUGAGAAUACUAAAUUGGAGGAUUUUGAUCAAAUGAUUUCAGGAGUAAUUUGGCUUGUUCGUAAGGGUGAAUCCUAUGUUGAUGAGAGCUCUAAAAUUGAGGAUAUGUCCAUACAAGAAACUGGCAAUGCUAAAAGAUUUAUCACUGUUAGAGCCUCAAGAUCUGCAUUGGGUCAUGACAAGGAGGGGCGUCUCGUUCUUGUCUCUAUUGAUGGAGAUGGAAAUCACAAUAAGGGUCCAACCUUGUACGAGUUGGCCACCCUUAUGAUCGAAUUAGGAGUUGAAAAUGCUAUCAAUUUGGAUGGAGGAGGAUCUGUUACAGUUGUUCGUGAUAAUGAUGUUGUCAUUAAUAGUGUCAGUGAUGGUUGCUCAGCUAGUGCCUCUGACUAUGAUGCUGAUUUUGCUGACAGAAAUUCCUAUUUCAGAUGUGCAAGAAAAGUAAUGACUUCAACAUGUUUCCAUGAUGAUGUCAGUGAAGAGGAAAGAGAUAUUCAAAAGGCCCUUGAGGGCAUUGACAAACCAGAAUUCUCUUCAAGAAUAGAUCAAUUCAUCAAGCUUGUUCAAAUCUUGAUAGCAGCAGUUAUUGCCAUUGGUUUAUUCAUUGGAUUGUCAAUUAUUGCCUUUGCUUGCACAAUGUGUUUCUGUGGAAAGAGCAUUCAAAGUGGACCUAAAUAUUCCAAACUUGGUGGUCAAGAUUUGGAAAUGAUGAACGUUCCUAUUGAAGAAGAUAGUGACAAUGCUGAUAUUCUUCAAUCAGUCGAUAAGGAAUUUAUGUCUAGUCCAUCAGCAACAAAGCCAAAUACUAAUGUAAAAAUCAAACACGAAAAUAAUUCCUCAAAUGACGAUGCCACCAAAUGCACUCCAGAAUCCAAGCAAUAAUGAUUCUAAUAAUUUACGAAUCCAAGUUUAUAGUGAGACGUGUGGUUUUUAAGGCAGACUUGCGAAUGCAAUCUUCAUAUUUUUUCCAAUAUCUUUGUCGUUUCCAUUCAGUCUGAAUCCAAUGAAGAGGAAUGGAUCUAAAUUCUGCCAAUUCAUGUCUACAGUUGUAAACUGUUUGCAUGGUAACAAUUUUCAUAAAUCCAUUAUGCAUACAAUUAUAGUAAUUUCCAUACAUUGAAUAAAUACUAUGAUUUUCUACU